UGAAGCUAUAUAAGCCGCUUCUGAGCUGUUUACAGUCACACUCUCAUGCAGCAACAGGAGCCGGCACAAAUGCAAGAUGGACAGAGUGAACGGGUAUUCAGCUUUUCUGAUGUUAUGGCUCCUCAUUUGUGUCGGCUCCUCUCCGCUCUCAGUGCUGUCCUAUACCUCCUCAAAGGUGGGCCUGCCAGCGGUUCUGCCCUGCACAGUGGCGUCACAUCUGGAGUCUGAACGGGCUCCUCAUAUUCAGUGGCAAACCGUGAGCGACUCUGUGUUUGAGCGAAUGGGACAGGAGCAGUUCCAGGGGGAGGCUUACAUAGACCGAGCAGACGUCCCAGAACACAUGCUCGUCAGGGGAAACUGCUCUCUCUUCUUGCAAGAUGUCCGAUUCAGCGAUGCAGGCGUUUACGAGAGUUACCUGGUGGUUGGGGAACCUAGUAGGCCUGUCAAGAGCCGGAUUUUACUUCAGAGCAUCCAACUUGUGGUUGUCGAUCACAAGGCCAUCAGGUCUGUUCAUUCGGGCUCAGAUCUGAUCCUGGAUUUGCACACACAUCAAGCCGAACAGGUGAUUUUCCAGAGCAGUGAUGACACAGACUGGACAGUCCUGUGGGAGAGAGAGGGAGACAUGAAGAAGAAUGGUCAUCUGAAAGAGAAAGGCAACAAACUGAUCCUCAGGAAGCUUUCGGCCAGCAGCGCCGGAACAUACAAAGUUCUAGACUCACAGGGUUUGGCGCUCAGCACAGUCAAAGUCACAAUAACAGAACCUGUGCUACCAAAAGAAUCAGAAGUUUUGCAAAUACAGUCAGCAUUUGGUAAAGCUACAAUGAGUUCUCCUCAUCUAAGCCUCGUUAUUCUUUUCCUUGUGUUUCAUUGGUUGAAAUUAACAGAUAUUUGGUUUUAAUUGUAUUUUAAGCAUUUUUCCGUUCUAGAAAUGAAUGGGUGUUGCUUGCUAUUUCUUUCAUAGUGGAUAAUUUACUGCACUCUGAACUGUUAACGUUAUUUAAAAUAAAUCAUUAUUGUAUACAAUAGUAACAUGUGGAUCAAAUAAAUACAAAGACGUGCAUUCCUUUGAAUCUUUGGUAAGUCACCAUGAGUUCAAAAUUGUCAUUUUAUUUAGUGCAGUUUUGUGGUGUAUAUAAUAUAUUAUUUAUUUGUGGAUAUUUAAUUGAGAAGGAUUGUGGUGUGUUUGUAUGAUGAAAGUGCUACAUGACCUUUUUCAUGUUCUUACUGUGUUUUGUAAGCAUACUGUAUCGUGUUUCAUGCAGAAAAUUGGGUAACAAUAAAUUAACCAACAAUAAAAUUUUAUAU